CUCUAAUUUCUCGUCUUUCCUAUCUUUUGCAUUACUACAUCUUCUUUUCUCGCUGCUAGACCAUGCAAAUCCAGCUCCCCGGCCCCGCUUAACCCGGACCCCACCAUGAGCUCCUCCCUCGAGGCGAAGAUCGUUGUCCUCGGCGCCCAAGGCGUCGGCAAAACCUCCCUCGUCCAGCGGUACGUCAAAAAUUCGUUCAACGCGUCCGCCACAACUUCCACCGUCGGUGCCUCUUUCGUCACAAAGCGCGUCCUCGACAGUGCGUCAGAUACCCUGGUGCGGCUGCAGAUCUGGGACACAGCCGGACAGGAGCGGUUCCGGAGCAUCUCGCGGCUGUACUACCGGGGCGCGAACGCGUGCCUGCUGUGCUACGACAUCACGGACGAGUCCAGCUUUAACGAGAUGACUGGGUGGUUGCAUGAGCUGAAGCGGAAUCUGACGUCGGACGAUGAGCCCAUCGUGAUCCAUGUUGUUGGCACAAAGAGCGAUAUCGUGGCGGACGACCCCGGGCGCAGACGCGUGCCUUUUGAGAGGACGAUUGCGUAUAUCGCUGAGCAGCUCUAUCCCAGCCGUGCGUCCACACCGCCGCCGACUGCGGCGCCGUCUGCCGCAUCUGGGUUCGCGCGAACGUCGAGCGCGACACUCGGAAUGGGCAUGGGCGUUGACAGUAAACGGAGCAGCGGGUUCUGGGGACAGGAUAUCGGCUGGGACUGCUGUCAUGAGAUCAGUGCCAAGGACGGCGAGGGCGUCGAGGAGGUGUUCCGGGUGAUUGCGCGGAAGCUGGUGGAGCAGCGGAAUCGACGGAGUAUGGAAGCGGGCGGUGUCUUGUCGCCUGGCGGCCCUUUCUCGCCGCUUGACGGGGGACCCUCGUCCGCGGGCCCUGGGGCUGGGGGUGUCGAGGGGGGAGGCAGUUUUCGUCUCGGAAUGGGCGAUAAGCGGCGGAGCUGGCUCAUGUUCCCGCCGAGUAGUGCUGGCGAUGACGGGGACGAGGCGGUCGAGGUUGUACAGCGGAGGGGACGGUGCUGUUGA